AAUGCAAGUUCCUCGAGCUGUGCGCCACCGCGGUCUCCAUCAGCUGAGCCCUUCCAAACACGGUGAGCGCAUACUGUUCUAGAUUGCCAGGCUGAAGCCCAUGCACUCGAGACACUUCCGCAGGCGCAGGAGCUACAGCAUGGCGCGGUCAGCUCAUGGCUGCGCAUCCAUCUCAAUUGUGUAUAGAUAGAGCGGUAGGCCCUCUCCCACAUCUGGCAUCGUAUCCUCCUUGUCCUCUAGCCAUCACCAUGGUUUAUACAUUUGGUCAACGAGUGCUGGUCGCUCUGUUCAAGGCUGUGAAUGCCAUCAUUGCAUGGCACAAACUACCCCCGUUAAUCGGUGCGCUCAACUUGCUAGCCUUGCGAGAUGAGUUGCGAGAGAAGAACUUAUAUGAUACCUACCCAACCGAAGAUUUCCAGGGCACGACGAAGAGUGAUCCGAUUGUGGACACAAAGUUUAUCUGUGCGCGGAACAGCGAUGGCCUUCACAACGAUCUCGAAAGACCAAAGAUGGGCUGCGCAGCUAUGCGCUUCGGGCGAAAUGUCCCUCGCCAGUAUACUGCACCUCCAAGUGACCACGACCUCAUGACCCCCGAUCCAAGACUUGUCAGCGCCAAGCUGUUGCAACGUACCGAAUUCAAGCCUGCCACCAUCGUCAACUUGCUCGCCGCCGCGUGGAUUCAGUUUCAGGUUCACGACUGGGCGCAGCACACCAAUUCCAAGACCAAGUUCCAUCACAUCCCUCUCAAGGCCGACGAUCCUUGGCCAGAGAAUCCUAUGAAGGUCGCCAAGACCGUGCAGGAUGAACCACUUGACGAGGAGGACCAGAAGUACCCUGCGUACAAGAACGAGAACACUCAUUGGUGGGAUGCCUCGCAGAUCUAUGGCUCCACUGAAGAGGCCACUCGCAAGCUACGUGGCAAGCAUCAGGAUGGCACUCUGGACGUGGAUCGCAUCGAGGGAGAGCACUUCUUGCCUCGAGGACAUGAUGGCAUUCCGAAGACUGGCUUCAAGGAAAAUUGGUGGCUUGGUCUGGAGCUCCUGCACACUCUGUUCGCUCUCGAGCACAAUGCUAUCUGUAGCAUGCUGAAGACCAAGAACCCCAGUUGGAGCGGCGAUGAGAUCUUCGAUGUCGCUCGUCUGAUCAAUUGCGCUCUUAUGGCGAAGAUCCAUACCAUUGAGUGGACACCUGCCAUUCUUCCCCACCCUACUCUUGACAUUGGUAUGAACGCGAACUGGAGUGGCCUCCUUGGCCCAUCUUGGUCAAAACUCUUCUCCAACUUCGGCAAAAGCGAAGCCUUCACCGGCAUCCCUGAAUCCGGCGCCGACUCUGGCAAGACCCCUUACUGUCUGACCGAGGAGUUUGUCUCGGUCUACCGCCUCCACAGCCUCAUUCCCGAUGAUGUUGCCUUCUUCAAACUCCGUACUGGAGAACACACUUCCAACAUCCCCAUCCAAGACAUCGCCUUUGAGAAUGCUCGCUCUGUUUUCGAAGGUCCACAAAACCUCAACUUUGCCGACGCCUUCUACUCCUUUGGCAUCAACUUCCCCGGCGCCAUCACCGCGCACAACAUGCCGUCUUUCCUCCGCGAUCUCAAGAAGCCCGAUGGCGAGCACCUCGACAUGGGCUGCGUCGAUGUCCUCCGUGACCGGGAACGUGGAGUACCUCGCUACUGCCAAUUUCGCCGCCUCUUCCACAUGCCAGUGCCAAAAUCUUUCUCCGCACUGACAGGCGGCAACGCUACCCUCGCUACCGAACUGUCUCAAGUCUACGAUGGCGAUAUCGAAAAGGUCGAUCUCCUUAUCGGAUGCCUGUGCGAACCACUUCCCAAGGGUUUCGGAUUUUCUGACACGGCUUUCCGAGUCUUUAUCCUUAUGGCUAGCCGUAGAUUGAAGAGCGAUCGCUUUAUCGCAAGUGACUUCAAACAUGAGAUUUAUACGAAAGAGGGGAUCGAUUGGGUGCAGGAUAAUGAUAUGAGGGAUGUGCUGGUCAGGCAUUUCCCAGACUUGAGGGCUCCAUUGAAGGAUGUGAAGAAUGCCUUUGCACCUUGGGGAAAGGUGGGACGGACAGAGGAGUAUCGGGGUGUGCAGAUUACGGCACCGGAGAAGUAAACAAUUUGGGAUCGUUACUUGGAGACCAGACCUUGAUGCCAGUGAAUUACCGUAGUAAGAUGUGAAUUCUAUGGCAGGAUAACCUUACGUCCUG